AUGGUCGAAUGGCUGACGCCCCUGUUGAAGAAGAAGGACACUAAGAUGCGGCUUGCACAAGAGGUGGGACUCAAGUUGCCAGUCACUCUUCGCCACCUGGAAAAAGUGAUGAAGUGCCCUAAGACACCAGAAGAAUGGAAUGACGUAGCAAAAUGGUUCGCCUCCAAGUGGAACUACUUCAAUUGUGUGGGAGCCCUGGAUGGGAAGCACGUCGUGAUCAAGAAACCCAUGGGUGGAGGAUCACUGUAUUUUAAUUACAAGAAGUUUCACAGCAUCUUCUUCAUGGCCCUCUCCAAUGCAAAGUACAGGUUUCUGUUCGUCGACGUUGGUGCAGAAGGAGGUGCUGGGGAUGGAGGAGACUGGCAGAAGUGCAACCUGGCCAGAGCCAUCACAAAUAACUGA